AUGUCAGAUACAGACACGAAUAAAAAAAUAAAGUUAGACUCUGCCAUGCUAAAGAUUUGUACUCAUUCAGGCUCUUUCCAUGCCGAUGAAUCGUUGGCUGUAUUCAUGAUUAAAUUGUUGCCAAAAUACCAAAAUAGUCAGUUAAUUAGAUCAAGAAACCCAACUGAUUGGGAAGGAAGUGACGUAGUUAUUGAUGUUGGUGGUAAAUACGAUGGUAUCAAAUGGUUUGAUCACCAUCAAAGAGAAUUCAAUGAAACUUUCUCUGCUGACUACAAAACCAAAUUGUCCUCUGCUGGUUUAAUAUAUAAGCACUUUGGUAAAGAAAUUAUCAGUCAUGUAUUGAGCAUCAAUGACAGUAACGUGGAUUUAUUAUACAACAAAGUCUACAAGGAAUUUAUUGAAGCAUUAGAUGCCAAUGAUAACGGUAUUAACAACUACUCGAAAGACGUUGAAUUAAGCAAAAAAUUCAAUGACAAAAAUAUUACCUUGCCAUCAAUUGUUUCUAGACUUAACCCUUCAUGGAAUACCGAUCCUACCGAUGCUGAUUUUGAUGCUGCUUUCAAUACUAGUAGUCAAUUGAUGGGCCAAGUUUUUGUGAAUUUAUUGACUGGCUACGGAAAAUCCUGGUUGCCUGCAAAGCAAAUUGUUGAAAGAGCAUUCAACUCUAGAUUUGACAUCGACAAAUCAGGUGAAAUCAUUAUCUUGGAUAACUUCUGUCCUUGGAAAGAGCACUUGUAUGCCAUCGAAAAAGAUGCCAAUAAGCAAGGUGAAAUUAAGUUCGUCUUGUUCCAAGACUCAUCGAGCAAGUGGAGAAUUUCUACAGUUUCUGUCACCUCUACAUCCUUCGAGUUUAGAUUGGGUUUACCUGAAAAAUGGAGAGGUGUAAGAGAUGACGAAUUAUCUGAAUUGACUGGUGUUCCAGGUUGUAUCUUCGUCCAUGCGGCGGGCUUCAUUGGUGGUGCAAAUACCAAAGAUGCCGUAUUACAGUUAGCAAGAUUAUCUCUUAAAUAA